UUAAUAAUGGAAAUCCAUCAUUUCUGUAAAGCUUUUCUUUGCCUGAACAUCUCGCUGCUGGGUCUUACUGUCCAUCGCCUCAAAGUAGCUAAGUCGCGUCAUAAGUUGCUAAGAUGGUCGCCAAGGCUGAGCCUUUCGCUGUGGAUUUCAAUAAGCCUCUGGUUUUCCAGGUUGGUCAUCUUGGAGAAACUUAUGACGAUUGGGUUCAUAAACCUAUUACUAGCAAAGAAGGCCCCCGAUUCUUCGCUAAUGAGAUUCUUGAGCUCUUGACUCGCACAAGAUGGUGGGUGAUUCCAAUAGUUUGGCUACCGGUUGUAUGUUGGUUUGUUUCCAUCUCUCUCCGGAGGGGCGUUGCUCCUCCCCAGGCAGCCCUCUGUGUAGUUGGCGGCAUCUUCAUCUGGACAUUGCUCGAGUACACUUUGCACCGCUUUCUUUUCCACAAGAAAACAACAACCUACUGGGGGAACACUUUCCAUUACCUUAUUCACGGCUGCCAUCACAAGCACCCCAUGGAUGCACUACGACUCGUUUUCCCUCCUGCUGCCACUGCAAUUCUAUCUUUGCCAGUGUGGACCUUGUUCAGGAUUUUAUCACCUCCAUCUCUAACUGCAGCUCUAUUUGGAGGCGGCUUGCUGGGAUAUGUAAUUUAUGAUUGCACGCAUUAUUACUUACACCAUGGGAAACCCUCAAAAGGCUUCAGUAAGCAUUUGAAGAAAUAUCACUUGAACCAUCACUUUAGAAUCCAGAACAAAGGAUUUGGCAUCACUUCCUCCUUAUGGGAUGUGGUGUUUAGAUCGCUUCCUUAACAAAAGCUGCAAGUAAAUAGUUGAACCUACUGGUUAUGGAAGAGUUAGAAGAGAAUCUAUGUAUAAGGACAAACCUGCCUUACAUUACAGUGAGAUUUUCUAGUUUUAGUUCUAUGGAUUCUUCAGGUUUUGAAAGUUACUGAGAGUUCGGAACUUUAAAACUAAUUAUUUUUA